CCAUCAAAUUUGUGCAUUCUUUUUUUCCACAAAAUUCGUGUAUAAAUAAUGCAAUAAAAGUGCAAAAAAGUCCCAAAUACGCAACGCGAGUGACCCGGGAAACGAAUUAACGCAAAAGUAUCCAGUCCUUAAUCGUAGUAAACGCAAGAGAAGAUAUUCAAAUUUAUUAUGCACAAGAAAUCAGUCAGAUAAAUGGUAUCGUUUAACCCAACGGAUGUCUGCUCAGAAUCGGUAGUUGUCCGUAUUAAUGGCUGCAACAACUGAAGGUGAAAUUCGAGUGGGUCCUGGUCAUCAGGUAAACGGCGAUAUUUAUGCUAAACUACCAGAUUAUCAGCCAAUUGAGAAUUACAAGCCGGAAAAAGAUGGUCUACGUGAAUUGGAAGAGACACGUUGGAAUCCCGGUGUUGUAUUGGAUGGGGACCUGUUAAUGUACCUACGUGCAGCACGUUCUAUCUCAGCUUUUCAAGGAAUGUGCGACGGUGGUUCACCUGAAGAUGGUUGUGUGGCCGCUAGUCGAGACGAUACAACAAUAAACGCAUUAGACGUUCUACACGAUUCUGGAUACGAUCCUGGUAAAGCUCUGGAAGCGCUAUUAAAAUUUCCGGUGCCAAAAGGAAUUGACAAGAAGUGGACAGAAGAAGAAACAAAACGAUUUAUCAAAGGAUUACGACAAUUUGGAAAAAACUUUUUUCGCAUACACACAGAUUUAUUGCCGCACAAGGCAACCCCCGAAUUAGUAGAGUUUUACUACUUGUGGAAGAAAACUCCGGGCGCGAAUAAUAAUCGCCCGCAUCGCCGAAGACGCGCAAGCAGCUUGCGUCGCAUCCGUAAUACACGAACAAACAGCAACGCCGGCAAUAAUAACAAAGAAACGGCAAAAGAGAAGGAAAACAACAAAAACAACAAGGAUCAAACGCCCGAACCGCAAGUUGCCGAAACGACGCCAACGACAAUUGUCGCUGCCUCCACGAUCACGACGACAAACACGACCACGACGACGACAAAUAGCACGAACAGCAACACGAACAACAACAAGGAAGAAAACAGCUCCGUUUCGGAGGACGAUGCUAGUGAGUGCGACAGUGAUUCGAGUACAACAAACAAAGGAUCAAUUGUAGCCAGUGGAGAAUUUGGUGAAGAAUCACCAUCGAGAAUGCGUACACGCAACAAACAAACAGCCAAGGAUCAAAACAAUACGAGUGGCAAACGGGCGAAACGUGGCACCGACACGCCAGACACGACCGCGCAAAAUGACAACCCAAAGACGCCGAGCAAGACGGAGAAGAAGAACAACAAAGCCACGAAAGAGACGCCGCAAAAGGGCAAGAAACGCCCCAACGAGUCGGAGCCCAUCGAGCAAAAUGACGACAAAGACAUGAAACGCAAGCGUUCCGACAGCCCGGCGGAGAGCGUAACAACCGACAGUCGUCCCGGAAGUGUGCUCGACGAAGCCGAAUCGAACAGCGAGCCCUCAGAAACUGCCCUCGUUGCAAAAGAAGGCGAAGAAAAAGACCCGCUGUCAUUGCCGACAGACGAAAAAACAUCAUCGCCCAAAGAAGAAAUCGUCGCCGAUCAAAAACCAACUGAAAAUCCCGUCACGGACGACAAAGAAAUCGCUCCGAAUGACGCGAAAAAGGAUGACGACGCCCCAGAAACACCCGCAGUUCCCGUCAAAGAGCAAGAAAUGCUGAAACAACUCGCAAACAUGAAACAAGAAACCGCAAAUAACGCGAAUAACACGGAAGAAGUGAAAGAUGUCGUCUACAGCAUAAAGAAGGAACCGCGCGACGAACAAAACAAUCAAGCGGAAACACCCGCAGAAAACGAACCGCAUGAUCUCAAAGUGAAAUUAGAAAUCAAAUCGGAGGGAAAACCCGCAGUUGGCGACGAAAAACUCCCCGUUGACACAGAAAAAGCCGAAAAUUCCGAAGAUGCGGAAAAUUUGACAACUACAAAGGCUCCAACAGCCUCCGCGGAAGACGAAAAAGUCGAAACGAAAGUUUUCGCGGAUAAACCUCCCGCAUCUGGAGAUCAAAUAAUGAUCAAAUCAUUCGCACAAGACCUUUCGGGAAGCGGAAAAUAUCCUCCGCCCGCUCCGGAGGGCGACACAAAAUACGAUGGUGUUCCAUUAAAAGGUGCUUAUCCCCCCGCCGGAGCAAUUCGACAUCCAUACGGUGCGGAAAUGAUGAAAUUUGAUCCCGUUACAGGCAAAUAUCCGCCAAUGGGACCUCAAGACAUGAAAUUUGGCGCUCCUGAUGCGCAUCUCGGUAUGAAAUUCGGCGGAGAACAAAUGCCCAAGUUGCAAUUUUCGGCAGAAAAUUUGAUUAAAAAUAGUGAUCCAGCGAAAUAUGCAAGACCUGAAAGUCCCUCGUCUCGCGUCACGCCGAAUCAGGAUAGUCAGGGAAGUAAUAGUAGUUCACAACCGCCGCUUGCGAUCCCAUCACGAUUGCCGGGUGAGAAUUGGUCUCCUUUGACAUCGCAAUCAGGUCCUGCUAACACGCCGCCAACGUCGAGUAACGCAUUGACACCGACAACGCAAAGCCCAUCGCCGUUCUUCUCGUCAACGGGACCCUUCCAUCGCCCGUAUCAAGAUUCGAAGCCCCCCAGCAGCACAACGGGUCAAUUUCCGCCUGCUGCGCAUCAAGGCGCCACGCAAUCUCCGCAAUUUGCGUCACUCGGAGGUCCUCCGCUUCCAUCGGCAUCGUCGCAAAACAUAUCAGCAGCGCCGGGAAGACCCAACGAAGCGUUACCGCAUUCAGCGCGCGAUCCAAAUGGAGGUCCUCCUGCACGUGGGCCGUCGCCCAUGACACCCAUGAUUCCGGGAAUGCCGCCUUCCGCAGCCGCAAUGUUGAAUCAUUCACUGCCUUUGCACUUACCGCAUCCCAAUAUGCAUUUGCCGCCGUCGCAUCUUGGAGGUCCCUUGCAUCCCGGCGCUCUUUUACCGCCAUCUAUGGGCGGCCCAAAUGCUCCAUUGUCGCUAAUUGGACCGCCGUCGCAACCUUCAAGUGCAUUAACGACACUCAUGGAUGUCGCAGCAGGACGUCGUUCGCCAAGUGCUCGCACAGAUUUACAUCCGCCGCCAUCUUCGUCGUCAUCCGCAGCUUCGACGCAAAAUACUCCCUCAGCUUCGUCGAUUAAUCGAUCGAGUCCGAGUGUUUCGAGUGCUUCAAAUUCGCUUCAUCGUUCGCAGAGCCCUGCCGGAAGUCAAGCUGGCGGUUUGAGUCGAACAUCUCCCUUGCAUCCGAUCGCACAAAGUCCCCUGGGACCUCAUUCGCAAACCGCAUCGUCGACAAUGGCUGCCAUCGCUGCAGAACGCGAACGUCAAAUUAUGCGACAACAAUCACCUCACAUGACGCCGCCUCCCACGAGUGUUUCCUCGUUGAUGGUAAGUCCGCUGAACAAACUUUAUCCAUCGUCGGGACCACAUCAACGCGGAAGUUUGGGCACUUCUCCGCCGCCGCCAUCGCAUUUCAGACCUGGCGCAUCGCCGCCUGUUAUUCGACACGCACAACACCCUUCGAUGGCUUUGCCGAUUCCCAUGAUGGGACAUCCGUCGCAAGCGAUGCUGCAUCCGUCGCAAAACCCGUAUGCGCAUCCGUUGUCGAUGUUUUAUCCGCAUGGUCCCUUUCCGCCGGGAUAUUCUCCGUAUGGACCUUCGCCGUAUGGACCGGGAUUUGCGUAUAUUAAGCCUCCGGGUCCCGAUGGUCAAUUAAUGGGACAUCAUCCGACGAGUGUUCCGCCUCCGAGACAAGAUGAAUCGCCGCACGGGAAUAGCAAACCACUUACGCCGCAUGAUAAAAACAAGACGCCUACUCCGACGACGCCAAAACCAUCGAGUUCGGGACCGCCAACAGGUUAUCCGGGAUAUCCGCCGGGACAUCCGUACAUGGAUCCGCAUAUGGCGGGCAAACAAACGCACAUGGAAGCACUCAGAGGACAUGCACUUUCUGCUGCGGGACAUGGACCAUUACAAGUCGACACAUUGGAUAUUGAGCCAGAUCCUGAACCUCCAUCGCCCGUUCACAAUAUCGAUCGAGGCCCAAGUCCUGAAGCUAAACCCGACGACACCGAAUGUCACAGAUCACAAUCCGCAAUAUUUGUCCGACGAUGUGACAGAGGUGACUACAACUCAUGCACUCGUACAGAUUUAGAAUUCAAGCCAGUGCCUGAUUCUAAAUUAGCGAAGAAACGGGAAGAGCGCGAUCGAAAGAUGGCUGAAAAGGAACGUGAGAGAAAAGCUCAGCAAGCACAACAACAAGCCCAACAAGCACAACAGAAAUCUUUACCUCCGACUCCGGGAUCAAGUAUGAAGCCAGAAGUCAAAUAUCCAGACACUCCUGCGCUGCGACAACUUUCCGAAUAUGCAAGACCUCAUGUUGGAUUCAGUUCUGUGGAAUCGAUGGUGCCGCCCUCCUUCCAUCCAUUUUACAAUCGUGAUAGGGAAUUUGAUGAUCCUCAUAAACAUCCGAUGCAACCUGGAAUGCAUAUACCCGGAAUGCCUCCUGGAAUGCCGCCCGCAUCUAGAUUGGAUCCCCAUUGGAUGGAGUUGUAUCGCAGCAGAGGGAUGCACCCGUCCCAAUUUCCGUUGUACGCAAAUCCAGCGGCAAUUUCGCAGUUGGAACGCGAACGUUUGGGUAUUCCUCCACAUUUGAUGGAUCCGUCAGACCCAAUGGUAAAACAUUUAUUACUACGAUUGGCUGGUGAAUACUAUCACUCCCAUAAUCAUACUCAUGUCCAUUUACAUUCACAGCAGCAAUCUGAGGCAGGAUUUCAGCUACCACCGAAUGUACCUUCUUAUGCGAGACCGAACAUUAUGUUACCGAGGGAUCCAGCAGACCCCUUUUUACGCAUGUCCUACGCUGAUCAGUUGCAGGCUGCUGAGUUCCAAAGGCAGUCAAUGCAGGAACAUUAUUUUAGACAACAGGAACGUGAAAUGAAAGUACGAGCACUCGAGGAAGCUGCACGCGGCAAACCUCCAAUCUAAAUGUAAAACCUUACAAUUUAAGGCAACUUUUAACUUAUAACUCUCUCUUUUGAAGGAAAAAAAAACAAAAAAUAGUGUGUUUGUAAAAAAUAUUUAAAAAAAUAAAAUAUUUAAGUAUAUAUUUUAAAUUAAAAAAACAAAAAAAGUGACAAUUGACGAAGGUCUCACAAGCGAAAAUCAAAGUAUUUAUUUAAAAAAGUGUCGCAAAUCCAGAGAAGAACACAAAAACAACUAUUUAAUACCAAAAUUCCUCUUUCCUCGUUGAUGGAGGCCCUAUUUUAAUGAUAAAAUAUAUUAAAAAAUUAUUAUUCUUAUGCGUGUUUGUAUUAAAAAAAAUGAAAAACUAGACAAAAAUAAGUAUUUUCCUCUUAUUUAUAAAAAUUAUUCUACUUUUAACUAUAUUAAUGAACAAAAAACAAAAUAUUACUCA